AUGGCUCAACAGCGACCAGAAGAUAUAGUGCAGCUUUACACAGAAUCGGGGUUAGACGCGGAACACAAUCAGUUAUUCAAAUGUGAAUGCUGUAGACAAGAGUCAAAACCUGAUUAUACCGUCGAUUAUGGUAGAAUGAUACGUCAUUUAUACAUAAUGCAUGAUAAAUCAGAAAUAAUGGACAACCCAGAAUAUAAAUCCGUAGUAAUAAGCUUUAACUUUCAACGUCAACAUAAAUACGAAAUCGUUGGGAAAUGUAUUGUAUCAAAUUGUGGUGUGAUAAUUAAAAGUAAAUUUGGUAGAGCAUUACCAUUUAAAAACCAUUUGAUAACACAUCACGCAGACGAUAAAAAAAAUUUUUUUGCAAAAGUAGUAGGGAUUGUUGCUGGACGAAAAAUACUAAAUAAUUACGAAAUAACGGACACCGAAAUUGCGAAGUGCUCAUUUUGUCGGACGACAAAACCCUUGAAAAAUUUGGACUCGCAAACUGCUAAAGUACUCGCGGACUUAGGAAAACAUCUGAACUUACAUAAUACCUGUAUUUCGAAAAUACUACAAGUACCAUUCUUAGACGAAGAAGCAUCCAUACAAAUUGAAUUAGAAGAAGAAGAAAAAAUGCAUCUAGAAGUGGAUAAAAAUAAGCAGAGCAUUGAUGAAGCAGUCGGAAUGGAAGAGAUUUUAAGAAGUAUAGAUGUUGCUUCAGAAGGUCUUAAUAUGCUACUGCAACGAUACAAUUCUGUAAUUAUAAACGAUGAAAAUUUGGAAGAAGACACUCAAUUGUCACUCGACAAAUUGCAGAAUAUACACAAACACUGGAUGGAUGAUCACAGUUAUGCAGAUAAGAGAAGCAGACAAUAUCAAGAAGACAAAUUCAAUAUCAAAUUGCAAAAUUUAAGGGAAAAAAGGCGAGAAGCUGCAACGCAAAUAUCACAUCAAACGGAAAGAUCUGGACAAAGCAUUCCGAAUGAGGAUGUAUUAGAGACACCAGAGACAUCAGAUUCUAGCGAAAUACGAAGCGUUAUGACUCAAAGUUCUUCGAUUGUGAAAUACGGGCCUGGACAAUGCAGUUCGAGCCGUGAUGAGGGUGUACCAGAGGCAUCAGUAUCUGGCGAAAUGCAAAACACUACUACGCAAAGUCUUUUGACUGGGGAACCACUAUCAAAACAACGGAGAUUAGAUUCUG